AUGCCUUCCGAUCAGCAUGAGGACUCGGUGGAGCCUACCGGCGACGUCGAGAUGACCGAGACCGUCCAGAACACCCAAGAGACAUCACAAGAGAAUACCCAAGAAGACACCCACAAUGGCGAGGCCGAGCAGAACGAGAAUGCAGACGAAACAGCGCUUGAGAUUGUCGAAUCUGAAGUCGCCCAGCCUCGAAUUACCUUUGCCAAUUACCUUUCGAGCCCUAUCGUCACUCUCCUCAUCGGCUCAAGUGAUCAGUCUAUCCUCUCAGCGCAUCAGGGCCUUUUGAUGCAAAGUCCUUACUUUAAGGAUAUCUGCGACCACUUUGUUGAGGACGGCAGCCCCCGUCAGAUUGAGCUCCCCGAAUACGACAUCGACACUGUCGGAAGCUUCCUCGAGUACCUCUACACGGGCGAGUACUUCCCCAAGAAGAUCCCCGGCCAGCGCGUCCUCGAGACCGACCCCGCGAUUCCUGCUGUGGACGACAGCGGCGACCAGCUCCUCAAGCACGCCCGCAUCUACACGCUCGCCGAGAAGUUUGGCGUCGACGGUCUCAAGACACUCUCCAGCUCCAAGAUCCACUGCGUCAACUCGACAGCCAAGGGCGAGAUCGCAUACGCUCGUUACGUCUACGCCUUUACCAACAACGACGAUGUCACAAUUCGCGCUCCUGUCGCGAGCUUCUGGGCUACGCGCUCGCACACCCUCCGUUCCGAGGCCGAGGCCGAGUUCAAGGCUCUGUGCUUGGAGCACCCCCAAUUCGGAUACGAUGUUCUCACCCGUGUCUUGGACGACAAGCUCAAGAGAGAGCGCAACGACAAGAUGCACCCUGCUACCAGCAGCACCCGAAAGCGCGCCCGUCACAGCAGCGGCUCGCGUGCCGAAUAA